ACCCUCUCCUCUUUCCACCCGGUUCCCGAAACGCUCAGGAAUGCCCUCGUGUUCUGUGUCACUGGGGUUGUAAAAAGAAAGGCAAGUCGGCUAGGAACAGCCAGACGACGCCCUGAGACCCCGCGCGUGGCCACCGAACUGGUGUUAGCGGCGAGCUGGAACGGAACAAACUACUUUUCCCAUCAUGCCUGGAGACAGCUCCGUCCUUUGCAUCCUAGGAGUUGUAGUUCUUCUGCCGCUCGCACUCAACGGCAGCCUCAGUGUGUGGACUCUGUUACCCAGAAGGCCUUGCACAGCGCCUGAAGCUAGAAUUCCUUGGGUAGUCGGGUUUGCAAUUAGCGGAACUUGUUCGAGUGGACCUGAAGGCUCAUCGAGGCUGCACGCGGCUAGUUGCUAAGCAAAAGAAUCUUUGGUCAACUGCCACCUGAGUCAAAGCAACAGGAACCCUUCAUCAUGCCUCAUAUUGAUAAUGAUGUGAAACUUGACUUCAAGGAUGUCCUGUUGAGACCCAAACGCAGCACUCUUAAGUCUCGAAGUGAGGUAGAUCUCACAAGAUCAUUUUCAUUCCGGAACUCAAAGCAAAUGUACAGUGGCAUCCCCGUCAUUGCUGCCAAUAUGGAUACCGUGGGCACUUUUGAAAUGGCUAAGGUUCUCUGUAAGUUCUCCCUGUUCACUGCCAUCCAUAAGCACUACAGCAUCCAUCAGUGGCAAGAGUUUGCUAGCCAGAAUCCUGAAUGUCUUGAGUGUCUCGCUGCCAGCUCAGGCACAGGCUCUGCUGACUUUGAGCAGCUGGAACAGAUCCUGGAAGCUGUUCCCCAAGUAAAAUAUAUAUGCCUGGAUGUGGCUAAUGGCUACUCUGAACAUUUUGUUGAAUUUGUAAAGGAUGUACGGAAGCGAUUCCCCCAACACACCAUCAUGGCAGGAAAUGUGGUAACAGGAGAAAUGGUAGAAGAGUUAAUCCUCUCUGGGGCUGACAUCAUCAAAGUGGGAAUUGGUCCUGGCUCUGUCUGUACAACUCGGAAGAAAACUGGAGUCGGGUAUCCACAGCUCAGUGCAGUGAUGGAGUGUGCAGAUGCUGCUCAUGGCCUCAAAGGCCAUAUCAUUUCAGAUGGAGGCUGCAGCUGUCCUGGGGAUGUGGCAAAGGCUUUUGGGGCAGGGGCUGACUUUGUGAUGUUGGGUGGCAUGCUGGCCGGGCACAGUGAAUCAGGUGGUGAACUCAUCGAGAGAGAUGGCAAGAAAUACAAGCUCUUCUACGGGAUGAGUUCUGAAAUGGCCAUGAAGAAAUAUUCAGGAGGUGUGGCUGAGUACAGGGCCUCAGAGGGAAAGAUAGUAGAAGUCCCCUUUAAAGGCGAUGUGGAACAUACUAUUCGUGACAUCCUAGGAGGCAUCCGGUCUACGUGCACAUAUGUAGGGGCCGCUAAACUGAAGGAACUAAGCCGGAGAACUACUUUUAUCCGAGUCACCCAGCAAGUGAAUCCAAUCUUCAGCAAUUCCCAGUAGACCUAAGAAGCCUACUCUCUUGAGGCAGCAACAAUGCCACUGGAGCCUCCCGACAGGGCGUGCCUCUCCCACUGCAGCCCUUGUGGUGGUGGUUGCCUAAUUCAGUUCCGGCUCUCACUCCUGAGCGCUCUCUACUCACCCAUGCCUCUAGCUGCACACACAAUGCUAUGGCAGGAGGAAGGAGACGUGAGAUUAACAAAUGAGACCCUGGGGACAACCCCUGAACAUUAGGAAGAAAAGAUGCUGAUCCACACAGAAAUGACAGCCCUUGGUCUGGAAAAGAAAGGCUGUUGGAAUCAUGUUAACCAGCUUCAUUAAAUGAGAUCAUCACAUGUCUAAACAGCUUA